CAGGACAGAGUUGCUCCACCUUCAGGCCGAUACCCCCGUCGCCCGCUCGAUUGCUUUUCCAUCUAUAUCCUGCAGCGAGUUCAUCGACGAGUUCACCCGACACAAUUUACCCAAGCAACAUGGGCAUCCCGGGCGGGUUCGGUACGACCUUCAUCGGGGGUCUGGUCUCCAUCAUGUUAUAUGGCAUAACGAUUCUCCAGGGGCGUUUUACACGGAAUGAUGCCGCCAUUAUGAAGCUUAUUGCUACUGCCGUAUGGACUCUUGAUACCUUACACUCCUUGUUCGUGUGUGAUGUGUUGUAUUAUUACCUGGUGACGAACUACGGUGUUCCGACGAGUUUGGAUUAUUCUGUUUGGUCGUUACCAGCGUCGAUUCUUGCAAAUGCAUUUUUAGUUUUUGUAGUUCAGCUUUUCUUCACACAUAAAAUAUACCACCUUUGUCGCCCCAACAUGAAGUGGCUGGUGACCGCCCCAAUCAUACUAUUAGUACUGGUUCGCUUUGGGUUUGAAAUUGGAGUGGUUAUCUUGAUGUUCCUCUCUAAUGACCUCAACACGGUUUCGUCGCUUACGUCUUCCCGUCGUGAUACCCUUUGGGACUCUCUUCAUACUGUCUGAGGGUCUGAUUACGGUAUCACUCUGUAUACUUUUGUAUGAUGGCUCUC